UUUGAUUAAAGCCCUCAACCCUUCUUCAGUCUGCAGGCAGGGGACUGGGGAGGAAGACAUCUCAGCUGGGCAAAGGAGAAGAAAGGCCACCCCAAGCCCCCCUCCCCCUGUCAGACUUUUUGGGUUGCUUCCUCCUUAUGGCUGUGUAGUGAUCACCUCCUGGACUUUUUGGAAGGAGUCGGUGCUGUAACUUCAAUCCUCAUUGCCUAUCAGCUGGGGGUGAUCCCAGUUGUUUUUUGGAUUGGAGAUGGAGAGGUGGAACACAAGGUGGAAAACGAAAAGGAGGUUGUGGGAUUCCUCCCUUAGCUCCCUAAUUCUCAUCACUUUGACUUUCCUUCUCCAAGCUGCAGCUGGACCAGUCGAUGUACUCAGAGCUUUAGAUUUUCACAAUACACCAGAAGGUGUGUCAAAAACAGCAGGAUUUUGCACAAACAGAAAGGCAUCCAAGGGAUCAGACGCAGCAUACAAAGUUCAUAAAAAUGCCCAGCUUAGUGUACCAAUGAACCAAUUAUACCCAGGGGGGGUAUUUCCAACGGAUUUCUCCAUCUUGCUGACAGUAAAGCCCAAGAAAGGCCUGCAGUCAUUUAUCCUGUCAAUAUACAGUUCGGAAGGAACACAGCAGAUAGGAGUAGAGGUUGGCAGGUCUCCUGUUUUCCUUUAUGAAGAUCAAAAUCGACUACCUUCACCAGAUGACUACCCCAUUUUUAGCACUGUCAAUGUUGCAGACGGAAAGUGGCACCGGAUUGCAAUCAGCGUGGAAAAGAAGACGAUCACAAUGAUUGUGGACUGCAAGAAAAAGAUUUCUAAACCCUUACCAAGAAGUGACCGUCCUGUUGUGGAUACCAAUGGCAUUGCUGUAUUUGGGACUCGCAUCCUGGAAGAGGAAGUGUUUCAGGGGGACAUCCAGCAGCUACUGAUUAUUGACGACCCUAAAGCUGCGUAUGACUACUGUGAACAUUAUAUGACAGACUGUGACAAGCCAACACACCAUAUGCCCCAAGCUCAAGACCCACAAGUGGAUGAGUAUGCACCUGAAGAGCUAAUCGAGUAUGACUAUGAGUAUGGGGGAGCAGAUUACAAGGAGCCUGAUUAUGUAACAGAGGCACCCUCAUUAACUGAAGAACUUGUAGCUCAGACUGAGAAGAAGAAAGCCAAUUCCAAAACGAAGAAGAAGCCAGUACCCCCUAAAUCAAAGGACAAACCCCAAAAGGUCACGCCCAAAAACUCAUUUGCAGCUAAGAAGAAGAAGGGCAAGACCGAUUACCAAGCAUCAACAAGAAAAAGAAUAGGGGCCAAUGUAGUUGACUACAUUCCAGAACAAUAUGGUGAAGUAGACUAUGGUUACCAGACAGAUACACCUUCUCUUACUACUGGACUCAAUGAGAAUACCCCUGUGGAUGAGACACUUGUGGAGGAGUCCAUUGUGGAUGAGUCCUUUGUGGAUGAGCCUUUUCUGGAGGAGUACGUAACUGGCGAGGAUUAUGACUCAGAGAAAAAACUGGUUGAGGAAACAGACUAUGGGGUGAAAGCUGUAGAACCUACACCGACUCAAACAGUGGUGGGAGGAGAUUUAGGAAAAGAUGAUUUAUAUGAUUAUACAGACUAUGAAGACAAAGAAACAAACCCUACUGCUGAGGAGUUUGGACCUGGGGUUGCUGCCGAAACUGAUGUUUCAGAGACCACCGUAAAUAACUAUGGAGGAUACAGUGAAAAAGGCCAGAAAGGAGAACCAGCUGUUAUUGAGCCAGGAAUGCUUAUUGAAGGACCACCAGGACUGGAAGGACCAGCAGGUCUUACUGGUCCCCCUGGCUUGCAAGGCCCAUCUGGCCCAUCUGGAGACCCUGGUGAGAGAGGUCCACCUGGUCGUUCUGGAUUACCAGGUGCUGAUGGAUUACCUGGACCUCCCGGCACUAUGCUGAUGUUGCCAUUCCGGUAUUCAAGUGAUGGUGAAAAAGGACCACCUAUCUCAGCACAAGAAGCCCAAGCUCAAGCCAUCCUUCAACAAGCUCGUAUUGCUAUGAGGGGACCUCCAGGUCCAAUGGGUCUCACUGGAAGAUCUGGCCCAGUGGGGUCUCCAGGUUCUGCAGGCAUUAAGGGAGAGGCAGGUGAUUCAGGGCCCCAGGGUCCUAGAGGAAUUCAAGGAUCACCUGGUUCAAUGGGAAAAGCUGGUAAAAGAGGACGUCCUGGAACUGAUGGAGCUCGUGGAAUGCCCGGAGAACCUGGUUCAAAGGGUGACAGAGGUUUUGACGGUCUUCCAGGUCUCCCCGGAGAGAAAGGGCACAGGGGUGACCGAGGUCCUCUAGGCCCACCUGGCUCACCUGGUGAAGAUGGAGACAGGGGAGAAGAUGGAGAGGUUGGACCCAGAGGGCUGCCCGGUGAACCUGGUGAACGCGGAUUGUUAGGUCCAAGAGGUUCCCCUGGCCCCCCAGGACAACAUGGUGUAGCUGGCGUAGAUGGACCCCCAGGACCCAAAGGUAACUUGGGUCCUCAAGGAGAACCUGGCCCAGGUGGUCAACAAGGAAUUCCAGGGCCUCAGGGUCUUCCUGGUCCACAAGGUCCCAUUGGCCCCCCUGGUGACAAGGGUCCUCAUGGAAAGCCUGGUCUGCCUGGAUUACCUGGAUCUGAUGGCCCCCCAGGUCAUCCUGGCAAGGAAGGACCUGCAGGUGAAAAGGGAGCUGGGGGUCCCACUGGUCCACAAGGUCCUAUUGGUUAUCCUGGACCUCGUGGUGUCAAGGGUGCUGAUGGUGUAAGAGGUUUAAAGGGAGGCAAAGGAGAAAAGGGAGAAGAUGGAUUUCCAGGAUUUAAGGGUGAUAUGGGAUUAAAGGGAGACCGAGGAGAAGUAGGCCCAUUAGGUCCAAGAGGAGAAGAUGGUCCUGAAGGUCCAAAGGGAAGAUCUGGUCCAAAUGGAGAUCUUGGUCCAGGUGGUCCAGCUGGUGAAAAGGGCAAGCUUGGUGUUCCAGGUUUGCCUGGAUACCCAGGCCGACAGGGUCCAAAGGGAUCAACAGGUUUCCCAGGAUUUGCAGGAGCCAAUGGUGAAAAAGGAGCUCGGGGUGUUGCUGGAAAACCAGGUCCAAGGGGACAACGAGGUCCAACGGGUCCACGGGGCGCUAGAGGUCCAAGGGGUCCUACUGGAAAACCAGGUCUUAAGGGCACAGCAGGAAAUGAUGGUCCUCCCGGCCCACCUGGUGAAAGAGGACCUCAAGGACCACAGGGCCCCGUUGGCUUCCCAGGACCGAAGGGCCCCCCUGGGCCUCCUGGAAAGGAUGGGUUGCCCGGCCACCCCGGACAGCGUGGUGAGACUGGAUUCCAAGGAAAAACUGGUCCCCCAGGUCCUGGAGGUGUUGUAGGUCCACAGGGUCCGACUGGAGAAACUGGUCCUAUUGGUGACAGAGGUCAUCCUGGACCUCCUGGCCCACCUGGAGAACAAGGCUUACCUGGAUCAGCUGGAAAAGAGGGUGCAAAGGGAGAUCCUGGUCCUCAAGGGGUCACGGGUAAAGAUGGUCCAGCAGGUCUUCGUGGAUUCCCUGGAGAGAGAGGUCUUCCUGGAGCCCAGGGUCCUGGAGGAUUGAAAGGCGGAGAAGGUCCACAGGGUCCACCUGGUCCACUUGGUUCUGCUGGAGAAAGAGGAGCUGCAGGCGUUGCUGGACCAAUUGGUCUACCAGGAAGACCUGGUCCUCAGGGCCCACCAGGUCCAGCAGGAGAGAAAGGAGCUCCUGGAGAAAAAGGACCCCAGGGACCAGCUGGCCGAGAUGGAGUACAAGGACCUGUAGGUCUCCCAGGACCUGCUGGCCCUCAAGGACCACCUGGCGAAGACGGUGACAAGGGUGAAAUAGGAGAGCCUGGGCAGAAAGGUGCAAAAGCAGACAAAGGAGAACAGGGUCCACCAGGACCAGCUGGUUUACAAGGUCCAGUCGGAGCUCCUGGCCCAGCUGGAUCAGAUGGAGAACCUGGACCAAGAGGUCAGCAGGGAAUGUUUGGGCAAAAGGGAGAUGAAGGCGCUCGUGGUUUUCCAGGUCCACCUGGUCCAAUUGGUCUCCAGGGUCUUCCUGGACCUCCAGGUGAAAAGGGAGAAAAUGGUGAUGUUGGACCCAUGGGUCCACCUGGCCCCCCUGGUCCAAGAGGUCCUCAAGGUCCUAAUGGUGCAGAUGGUCCACAAGGUCCCCCCGGGUCAAUUGGUUCUCUUGGAGCAGUUGGUGAGAAGGGUGAACCAGGAGAAGCUGGAAACCCAGGACCACCUGGAGAAGCCGGUGUUUCAGGACCUAAAGGUGAAAGAGGAGAGAAAGGAGAAGCUGGACCACCUGGGUCAGCUGGACCAGCUGGUCCUAAAGGCCCACCAGGAGAUGAUGGUCCUAAAGGAAAUCCUGGUCCUGUUGGAUUCCCUGGAGAUCCUGGUCCUCCUGGAGAGGCUGGCCCAAGUGGUGCAGAUGGUCUUUCUGGUGACAAGGGUGAAGAUGGUGAACCAGGUCAACAUGGUCCUCCUGGUCCAUCUGGAGAAGCUGGUCCACCUGGUCCUCCUGGGAAGAGAGGUCCUCCUGGAACUCCUGGUGCAGAAGGAAGGCAAGGAGAGAAAGGUGCAAAGGGUGAACCUGGAUCAGAAGGACCUGCUGGAAAGACAGGACCUGUUGGACCUCAAGGCCCUACAGGAAAACAAGGACCUGAAGGUUUGAGAGGAAUUCCAGGACCUGUAGGUGAACAAGGUCUUCCUGGUGCUCCCGGUCAGGAUGGACCUCCAGGCCCAUUAGGACCUUCUGGACUUCCAGGUUUGAAAGGCGACCCCGGCACCAAGGGUGAAAAGGGACAUCCUGGAUUGAUUGGUCUGAUAGGUCCUCCUGGAGAACAGGGUGAGAAGGGAGACAGAGGACUUCCAGGUCCACAGGGAACUCCCGGAUUCAAGGGUGAUGGAGGUGUCAGUGGUUCCUCUGGUCCAAAUGGUCCUCCCGGCCCUCCAGGGUUACCUGGUCCUCAAGGUCCAAAAGGCUCAAAGGGUUCAGGUGGUCCUUCAGGUCAGAAGGGAGAUGGCGGUAUGCCUGGACCCCCUGGACCACCAGGACCACCAGGAGAAGUCAUCCAGCCACUGCCUAUUCAAUCACCAAGGAAGACCAGAAGAUCCCCUGAAGACAUGAUGGCAGAUGCAGCAGACAAUAUUUUGGAUUAUGAUGGAAUGGAUGAGAUCUUUGUUUCUUUAAAUUCUCUGAAACAAGACAUAGAGCGCAUGAAAUAUCCAGAAGGAUCCCAGAACAAUCCUGCUAGAACAUGCAAAGAUCUCCAGCUCUCUCACCCAGAGUUCCCUGAUGGUGAAUAUUGGAUCGAUCCAAACCAGGGCUGCUCUGGAGACUCAUUCAAAGUGUACUGCAACUUCACAGCCGGAGGGGAGACCUGUAUCUAUGCAGACAAGAAGUCAGAAGGAGUGCGAAUUUCAUCCUGGCCAAAAGAAAACCCUGGCUCCUGGUUCAGUGAAUUCAAGAGAGGAAAACUGCUUUCCUAUGUGGAUGUUGAGGGUAACAACAUUAACCAAGUUCAGAUGACAUUCCUAAGACUUCUCAGUGCUUCUGCCCGCCAGAACUUUACAUACAGCUGUCACCAGUCAGUGGCCUGGCACGACGCUGUUAGCAACAACUAUGACAAGGCCCUGCGGUUCCUGGGAUCAAAUGAUGAGGAAAUAUCAUACGACAACAGUCCCUUCAUUACAGCCCUACAUGAUGGAUGUGCACUAAGGAAAGGAUACGCACGGACAGUCCUGGAAAUCAACACCCUAAAGAUAGAUCAAUUGCCUCUAGCAGAUGUUAUGAUCAGUGACUUUGGGGAUCAGAAUCAGAAGUUUGGAUUUGAGGUUGGGCCAGCCUGCUUCUUAGGUUGAGACUGGAAUACGGACAAGCAGCUUCUAAAAAAAAUGUGUAAAAAAUUAUUUUCUAAAAAAAGGCGCGUCAGGCUUUGGAUACCACCAGAGACGUGUUCGCCACAUGCAAGUUUUGAAUAUGGAUUGUGCAGAGGGGAAGAAAAAACUGAUAAAUAACAAGAAAAAAAAGCUAAGUGCAGUUACUUAGAAUUUGCCAGCCAUCCUCAUCUCGGGCAGAAUCACAUGACUUAACCAGAAAGCAUUUGCCAAAAUAUGAAGGACUUAGAUGUGAUACUGUAAGGACAGCCAUGUCCUCCUUUCAUGGAAAUCUUUUGGUGCUGGAAAAUACCUAAAACAGGCUUCAUCCAUAAUAGGUGCUAUUCAUUUCUUGUAAAUGGGUUUAUCAAAUGCUGUACACAUGUAAUUAUUCUGCAUACCUAUUAUACACUUGCAUGUCCCUUUCCAAAACUUGCAUGUGACUCUGGGUUGAGCCAUAAAACAAAGAGAAAAAACAAAACAAAAAAGGUUCCCCACUGUGUAAAAAGGAUACAGUGUCUGUAUUGUGCAAAAUAAUGUGUAAUUCCAGUGGACUCCAACCCUUCUUUCUGACUUCAAAUAAAAUCCCUUUGUAUAUAUUGAUGUGGAAGACCUCUCUUAUUUGCUGUUGCUAAAACAAAAUAAAUAUAUAUAUAUAUUUACAGUCUUUAUAUAUAAAGCCUCAGGUUUCCAAACUGGAAGACAAAAAAAAUGAUAAUCAAAAUUUGCCUAUUUUUGUGUUGCAUUUUUCUUUUGCAAUAUGAAACCAUUUUGGUGCAAUAUUUGAUGGUGCUAAUACCUCAUUCCAGGAUGUCAUGACAUGCAUGUAUAUACCUAAAAUAACUUUUUUUAAUUAUUAUUUGUGGUCGGGGAAAUAUGUAUUGAGAGAUAUUUCUGUAUAAGAUAUUUGUCAAUUCUGUGUGAAGUCUUUGGUCAACUCAAGUUUGUUUGAAUUAAUGUAUCAUAGAGGUUUGUGCAUCUUCAAUCACUUAAUAUUAAAACUGGACUCCAAACACUAGUUAUGCAUUUGUUCAGUGUUUACAAGUAUCCGUAACUAAUUAACAGUGGUCAGCGUGAAUGUUGGUAAAUAUAGUUUAAGCUAAGACUAAAAAGCAAAACAUAUUGGACAGUGCUAAAAUGUGCUAUCAUAAUUUAACUUUUAUAUUUAUGUAAAGGGAUAUGUUGAGGUCAUGUGAUUCUACCCGAUUGCAAAGAAACAUAGGAGGGGCUGCUAAUUAAAUAUGCAUCCAAAUUUGUUUAGGAACUUCAUGUGGAUUUUUUUCCUCCCCUUUCUGGUUUUAGCUGGAAAAUAAAGAUAAAGAUUUUCACAUUAAAAAUAAAAUCCUUUUGUAAUUAUUUUUCAUAAUAUAUGUAAGACUUGAAAAUUGUUUGUUACUCUUUCAUAAAUAAACUGUUAAAUUAAUUGGUCUCAGAUCCCACUAGCUCAUUUUCCCAUGACGUUUAAUUAACAGGAUAUAGAAUUAUUUUUUUUCUUUUACUGAUGAAAGUCCUUUUUUUAUACAAAAAAAAAAAUUGUCACCUCACAGAGGAUAUGAAAAAUGUUGCCAAUAAAUUCAAGUCUUGUUUACUUUAA